GGCAUACCUACUUCUAAGUUUUCAGUGAACACACACAAUCAUUCCAGCAUCAGACAAGAUGUACGCGAAACUCGCUCUCGUAUCCCUUGUGGUUGCUUUCGUCGUGGCUACCCCGGUGCCCGGUGGUCAUCACCACAAGCACGUAACAAUCCAUGUCCCCUACAAAGUCCACACGAUCCACCACCACCACGUCUCAAAAGUGCACGUGCCCGUCGUCAAAGAGGUGCCCGUGUACAAAGAGGUGCCCGUGUACAAAGAGGUGCACGUUCCCGUGGUGAAGCACGUGCCGUACCCGGUCGAGAAGAAGGUGGUGGUUGAGAAGAUCGUGCCUGUGCACGUGCACCAUGAGGAGCAUAAGGGGUGGGAGGAAUCCAAGGGCUGGGAGAGCGAGGCGCUGUCUCACGGCUGGAACUGAUUGGGGCGCGAGUGUAUUAGUAGAAAUAGGUAUGAAUAAUGCGAAGAGAUUAUAAGAAAAACUGCACACUUGGUGAAAUAAACAGGAGAAAAAGUACAAGCUAAUAUAAACCUUAGACAUAGGUUACACUCAGCGUCCACUUCAAAUAUCUUUUCUGCGAAAUUUCAAGCCGCUUUAAGGCUGCUUUUUCACCAGACAAAUGCUGGAAGAUUUAAUGAGCUUAGCUCUAGUAGAAGCACAGCUUUAACGGUUCAUUUGAUCUGUAUACUUUUGGACAUAACUGUAGUUCAUUUUGCUACUUGAACUCUAGCUGUACUGCACAUACCUUCGUAGAACUAUGUGAAACAGUCGUUGUAAUAGUACAUACGAUAGAAGUGCGUAAAAAAGGAAGCGAAAGGAGUGGCGAUAAAUUAAAACACGACAGAAGGGAGUGUCGAUUUAAAACACUCUCUUAGGUCGUGUUUUAUUUUAGCGACACUCGUUUCGAACUACCUUUUUUACGCACUUGUAUCUUAAUAUACUAUUUUAAAACUACCAUAAGUACACUGAAUGCAGAGUUUGCUAACGCUUUAUUAAAAUCUUUGCAGGGGGUUAGUCAUCUCUGCAUGUGUAGGUAUGUAGGUAUACCUGCUUAUCAAUUUACACAUUUUUCCUUAAACUUACACAUUUUUACCUCAAACUUACACACAAAAUGUGUAUACAUUGUAUUUAAAUGACAAUGAAUUACAACAUAACAAACAAACAAAUUAAGGUUUUUGAAUUAUGAUACUGUUUUGAUAUUAGUCAGUAUUAUCACGAAGUGCGAGAUACAUUGAGAAUAUCAAACCAAUAUCACAUUUUUAAAACCUUAAUAUCUCCUUAGUAAUAGAAAAUGUAUAUUUUAUUACGCCAAGUAUGUAUGAGUUACCAUUACUACCUACAAUAUUGUUAUAAUUUGUUUAGUUUUAAGAGCCAAAGAAAUAAAAGGAGUUUUUGUACAAAA